ACCGCGUUGUAGACGUACACGGUCUUCACGUUUUAAAAAAUAGGGAAAAGUGACCAGCUAAGCAAAGCCAUUAUGGCCAUCAUUCAUUCAUUUCAAUCCCAACUAUUUAUUCUUACCUUCUUCUCAGGGCCUUCCGAUCUACUGUUUCACCUCUGUUUUUGAAUUCCGAUAUUUGUUUCGCCAAUCGAUCUGCUUCCGAGCAUUCAGCAAUCGAUCGGCUUUAAUCCAGCUAGUUGAUUUUUGGAGUAGUUACAUAGUAUUGCUGGAGCUAAAGUGAUAAGUCUCCUUAUUGAUUCUGAAGUUGUUGAAUUGGGUUUGUGAUAGUGUUGUUUUGGAAAUUUAGGCAUUAUAUCGAGUCUUGAGCUGUAAGAAGAAGCAUAAUUUUGAGGAAAUGGCUGCUGAGCCUACAAAAGAACAUGUUGAUGUUGCUGAGACUGAACCUGUGGCAUCAUCUACUGAUAAUGAAGAAAAGACAAAAAAGAAGAAAAAGAAGGGAUUUUUUUCAAUGAUAUGGAAUAGUUUAUUUAGGUCCAAAAAGGAUGAUUUUGAGAAGAGAUUGCAGCAUAUUUCCAAGGAGGAGGCUGCUGUUAUUGCCAGAAUCAAUAAGCGAUCCCAAAAUUGGAGAAGGAUGACAAGGCAUCUCAUUGUACUUUCUGUGAUUUUUGAGGUUAUUGCAGUGGGUUAUGCUAUCAUGACAACACGAUCCCUUGACCUGAACUGGAAAAUGAGGGCAUUGCGAGUUUUACCAAUGUUUCUGUUGCCUGGCUUAUCCUUCAUUACAUAUUCAGCGAUUGGAAGUUUUACAAGGAUGUGUGAACGUAAGGACCAGAAAACUCUAGAAAAACUACGAGCUGAAAGGCAAGCCAAGAUUGAGGAACUCAAAGAGAAGACAAAUUACUAUAUAACGCAACAGCUCAUUCAGAGAUAUGACCCCGACCCAGCAGCUAAGGCAGCUGCAGCCACUGUCCUUGCAUCCAAGCUUGGUACAGAUACUGGCUUGAAAGUGUAUGUGGGAGAUGACACUAAGCAUAAUGUCCCUACCGGGAAGAGCAACGAUGUUGAAGUUGUGCAAUCUAAUGGGCUGAGAAAUAGGAAGCAGGCAAGGUCUAGUAGUCCAGAGAGUGCUGUAAUAGAUCAUCCUGGUGCAGAAAUGCUUCAACAGGCACAGCUUGAAGGUUCUGAUAUGAUGCAGCAUCAGCAAACAGUUGUUGAGCAUUACAAUCCAACAGGUUCCAGCACACAAGAUGGAGGAUGGAUUGCACGAAUUGCAGCAUUGCUUGUGGGAGAGGAUCCAACCCAGUCAUAUGCACUCAUCUGUGGCAAUUGCCAUAUGCACAAUGGGUUAGCCAGGAAAGAGGACUUCCCAUACAUAACCUACUAUUGCCCUCAUUGCCAUGCCCUAAAUAGGCCUAAGCAACUUGAUGAUCGUGUCUCUGGUACAAGUACCCCUAACCUAGGUUCCACAACUUCUUUGGCUGAUGUUGAUUCGGUCAAACAAGUCGGUGGAUCUACUCCGGAUAAAAUACCCGCAUCAGCAAGUGGCAGUCCUGUAGCAGCUCCAGUGGAAACAGAAGGUAAUAACAUAGUGUCCAGUGCUUCUAACAGCUAGUAGAUGGGGAGUUUUGAAUAGAGUCGUGCAGGCGAGUGCUUUUUCUCCCUAUAUAUGUGUAGCGGGGUUUUCUUUUUUUCUAUUUUCUUGGUAAUGUGUAACUCUCUGUUGUAUACAUAGUAGAAAACAUAUUCAACGAUUCAUACGGUAGCUUCCUGGAAACUUUUCUACAGACGCAAUAUACCUCAAUUUUCUUUUGUUUGAGAAAUAUUAGGCCAUCGGCAGAGCUUUAUGAGAUUUUCUGAUUGCAGAGUUUGCAGUUCCUCUCACGUGUAUUCUCUUCUUGAAUCAUUUGUCAAGUACAUGAUUGAGUUUGUAUAUUAUCCAAGUGAACUUUCCUA